AUGCCUAUCGACACCAAAUCCUUCCGCCAAUUGGUUGGCAUCACUCCGUCUACAGCUUCCGUGCAAGACUCUACCUUAAUCAUUAUCGAUGCCCAGAACGAAUAUGCCUCGGGCAAACUGCAAGUCGACGAUGUCAAGACAAGUCGCAAAGUCAUUGCUGAUUUACUGUCUCGGUACCGCCGUGGUGGCAAUGGCAAUAACAUCGUCCACGUCGUCCACGAAGUACCCGAGGGUGCACCGGUGUUCACUCCCGGCACGCCGCUCGCAGCUGAAUUUGACGAGUUGAAGCCUCAGUCUGGAGAGAAGACUGUCACCAAGCAUUAUCCGAGCUCGUUCGCUCAGACUGAUUUGCAUGAGUAUCUCCAGGGGCUGGGAAAUGUGGGGAAGAAGAUUGUUCUUGUAGGAUAUAUGGCGCAUGUCUGUGUGUCUACUACUGCGCGUGCGGGAAAUGAGCUUGGUUAUGACGUCUUGGUUGUGUCGGAUGCUAUCGGUGACCGACACAUCCCCGGUGUUCAGGCGGAGACUUUGGUUUCUGUUGUGCUUUGUGAACUGGGUGAUGCAUUUGCCUCGAUCAUCCAGGCUGCCGAUAUUACUGAAUAA